GUCUCUCGAACGACAACACAACCCGAGUGUUGUCUUCAAAAAUGGCUAAAACAGCUCUUUUACACACUUUUAUUUGCUAUGCUUUGACUGUUGGUGUACACAGUGAAAUGGUACAGCUCAGAGUGAUAAAUGAGAUGCCUAAUAACGGCUACAGUAAUUUGAAUGGACUUGAUGCUAAAACAGAAGAGAAACUGCAAGCAAGAAUGAAACCUGCAAAUGUAUCAGGACCGCACCACUUGUAUCACCUGGAUGGAAAAUGCUUCAAACACAGGGAUCUGAAAUAUGAAUACGUGUUCUGCCCAUUUAACAACAUUACCCAAGAAGAUAUUCAAGCAUUUUAUGAACCAUAUAAAGGAGUAUUAGGGGUAUGGUUGGAUUGGGAAAUUAGAGAUAACAAAUUUGCUGCCAUGAGAAUGGUUGAAGGAAGCUCCUGUGCUAUGCAUAACCAUAGAACUACUAAGGUUGAAAUAGUGUGUGGUGCUCGUUCAGAAUUAGUUUCUGUUUCGGAACCUGAGAAAUGCAGGUACUCCGCAAAAUUUGUGACUCCAGAAGUUUGUGGAACAAAUGCUAUGGUGGUGUAUCCAAGGCUAUCAACUGAGCUUAGACAUAUGUGGGAUGUGUUAGAAACAGAUAGAAGUUAUGGAGACAUAACAGAAAAGGGUUACCAGAAAGAGCUGGACAGAAUUAUGAUGGCUGCUGGCUAUGUAGUUUCUCCAGAAGUGCAGUCAUCUCUCCUGGAAAAAGCUUCUUCAGAAAAGAGAAAAUCAUGUAAAGAUGAAUUAGAGGAAGCAAGACGGCGCAUCAAUGAACUUGAAGAAGAAUUAAGAAUGAAAGAAGAUAUUAUUGUAGAGCUUGAGGGAAAAGUCAACUAAUUGGACUAAAGUUAAAUAAGAUCAAUAUUUAUUUGCCAAUGUGGUGAAAACAUAUUUUGGGGGUUUGUUCUUUCACCAGGAAAUGUCAUAACAACGAGAAUUGAUAAAAUUUAAAAAAUGAAGUAACGUAUUUGCAAAUCAGUCAAAUGGCAUAACACAAAGCAUAGCAACAUCUUUUAGGCUUUCUUAUGGUUGUAUAAACAAACUAACCAUACAUUCCUUUUUAUUUAUUUAAUAAUUUUAUGGAUAUCUUAAGUCGAUGACCAUGAUUAAAUAGGGUUGUUAUUUUUGUUAAGAAAAGACUUUGUGUAUUCUUUAUGAGCAUAAUUCAAUUGAAUGAGGCAGUUAUCAUGAAGUGCACUUAUCUCCAUGAAUUGAUUUGCUCUAUUAAUUUUAUCUUUCUUUUUGUUUGUUUUAAGUAUGGAGUAGAGGAAUGAUUGUAUUGAUGAAAUGUUUGUAUUAUUUAGUUGUGUGUUGUGAGACUAUGGUCUUAUUGUUUCUGAAGAUUAACAGUUUUCAGUUGAUUUGUAAAAUUCUAGUCAUUUGUUAAUGAAGAAGGAUUAUUUUAAA